CUGCGCAGGCGUGCCCCGAAAGACCAGCUUGAACAAUGAAGAGGACCUCGGCGUUAGGUGGGACCGCAACCAACAAGGACUACAGUUCCCAGCGGGCAGAGCGCCAACUCCAAGUGGAGGUUGUUCUUGUAGAACGUGCCGGUAGAAGCAUUCACCAACUGAAAUGUGCCCUGAAAGAAGGUGAUGUCACUAUUGGAGAAGAUGCACCAAAUCUUUCUUUUAGCACCAGUGUGGGAAACGAGGAUGCCAGGACAGCCUGGCCCGAAUUACAACAGAGCCAUGCUGUUAAUCAGCUCAAAGAUUUGUUGCGCCAACAAGCAGAUAAGGAAAGUGAAGUAUCUCCGUCGAGAAGAAGAAAAAUGUCCCCGUUGAGGUCAUUAGAACACGAGGAAACCAAUAUGCCUACUAUGCACGACCUUGUUCCUAUUAUUAAUGACCAGUCUCAAUAUAUUCAUCAUUUAGAGGCAGAAGUUAAGUUCUGCAAGGAAGAACUCUCUGGAAUGAAAAAUAAAAUACAAGUAGUUGUGCUUGAAAACGAAAGGCUCCAGCAAAAGCUGAAAUCUCAAAGACAAGAAGAGACACUGAGGGAACAAACACUUCUGGAUGCAUCCGGAAACAUGCAGAAUUCUUGGAUUACAACAGGUGAAGAUUCUGGGGUGGGCGAAACUUCCAAAAGACCAUUUUCCCAUGACAAUGCAGAUAUUGGCAAAGCUGCAUCUGCUGGUGAGCAGCUAGAACUGGAGAAGCUAAAACUUUUUUAUGAGGAAAAGUGUGAAUAUCAGGAAUCCCAAUUGAAGUUUUUGAGGAACGACUUAGCUGAAUAUCAGAAAACUUGUGAAGGUCUUAAAGAGCAACUAAAGCAUAAAGAAUUUCUUCUGGCUGCUAAUACUGGUAACCGUGUUGGUGGUCUUUGCUUGAAAUGUGCUCAGCACGAAGCUGUUCUUUCCCAAACCCAUACUAACGUUCACAUGCAGACCAUCGAAAGACUGGUUAAAGAAAGAGAUGACUUGAUGUCUGCACUAGUUUCCGUAAGGAGCAGCUUGGCAGAUACGCAGCAAAGAGAAGCAAGUGCUUAUGAACAGGUGAAACAACUUUUGCAAAUAUCGGAGGAAGCCGAUUUUGAAAAAACCAAGGCUUUAAUCCAGUGUGACCAGUUGAGGAAGGAGCUGGAGAGGCAGGCGGAGCGACUUGAAAAAGAACUUGCAUCUCAGCAAGAGAAAAGGGCCAUUGAGAAAGACAUGAUGAAAAAAGAAAUAACGAAAGAAAGGGAGUACAUGGAAUCAAAGAUGCUGAUCUUGUCUCAGAAUAUUGCCCAACUGGAGGCCCAGCUGGAAAAGGUUACAAAGGAAAAGAUUUCAGCUAUUAACCAACUAGAGGAAAUUCAAAGCCAGCUUGCUUCUCGGGAAAUGGAUGUCACAAAGGUGUGUGGAGAAAUGCGCUAUCAGCUGAAUAAAACCAACAUGGAGAAGGAUGAGGCAGAAAAGGAGCACAGAGAGUUCAGAGCAAAAACUAACAGGGAUCUUGAAAUUAAAGAUCAGGAAAUAGAGAAAUUGAGAAUAGAACUGGGUGAAAGCAAACAACACUUGGAACAGGCGCAGCAGAAGGCAGCCCGGGCCAGAGAGGAGUGCCUGAGACUAACAGAACUGCUGGGCGAAUCUGAGCACCAACUGCACCUCACCAGACAGGAAAAAGAUAGCAUUCAGCAGAGCUUUAGCAAGGAAGCAAAGGCCCAAGCCCUUCAGGCCCAGCAAAGAGAGCAGGAGCUGACACAGAAGAUACAGCAAAUGGAGGCCCAGCAUGACAAAACUGAAAAUGAGCAGUAUUUGUUGCUGACCUCCCAGAAUACAUUUUUGACAAAGUUAAAGGAAGAAUGCUGUACAUUAGCCAAGAAACUGGAACAAAUCUCUCAAAAAACCAGAUCUGAAAUAGCUCAACUCAGUCAAGAAAAAAGGUAUACAUAUGAUAAGUUGGGAAAGUUACAGAGAAGAAAUGAAGAAUUGGAGAAACAGUGUGUCCAGCAUGGGAGAGUACAUGAGACAAUGAAGCAAAGGAAACGUUGAGGUUGGCAAAGGAACUGAAAGAAAGCACCUUGAGAAAUCAGUGGAAACUGAAGCGCACAUGCUGAUGCGUGCCGGAGGACGGAGAUGCCUCAGGAAAGAGGAAGUGCUCCACCAGAGAAGCCUGGUGAUUACAGAAGACUGAAAACGGUGCGGUCAUCACUGGUUACCUGAACCAAAGCAAGUUUAGUAGAAGAGUGAGUGCAGAAACAAGAAGAGAGUGGACUGAAAAGUUAGCAAACGUAAACCACUUGUUCAGGAAAUUUGGCUACAAGGGAAAGUGAGAAGUAAGAGAGACACCGGUGGUGGGAAUGUAUUGGGAGGGGCAUUUUGGAGCAAGGAAUAUUUUGUUUUAAGUUGGAGUAGAUGUGAGUACCUUAAAUUUUGAUUGUAAAGAUCAUUCAGGUUGUAAAAAUGAAGAAAGUUAAAUUUUCAACUGGUGGUUUGGAACCCCUGGUGUCCACAAAGGCAGUCCAGGGAAUUCAUGUUAAAGAUGGCAGUGCCAUUUUUUUUUCCUGUUUUUAUUUUAAAGUAAGUAUCAAUUCACAUAUUUCUCCCUAGAAAAUAAGAGCUGUGUGAAAAUCCCCCAGUGUAUAGAGUGGACAAGCCCCAGAGCCAGCGGAGCACUGCUGAGCACCUGUGUCCUCUCAUCUGGGCGUUCACUGUCACCAACUCCCAGUAAUCCCGGGUGUUUCGUCAAUUACACAGUUUUACGGGAGUUUUUUCCCCCUUUUGUACAGUAAUAUAUUGUUUAAAUUAUAUCCAUAAAAACCAUUGUCUAAAGACAUACAGCUUCUGAUCAAAGUGUAACAAUCUAGUAAUGAGUUUAGAAUAGGUAAUUCUUCUAUAAACUAGAUUCAGGAUGAUCUUUACCAAAUCCAUAAGUUCUAUGUUUGUCAUAGAAAUUUGAUUCUUCAAAAGCCAGUGUUAAAAAUACAAAAUAUAAUAUUGAUUUGUAUCUAAUUUGACAUGUUAAUUUGGGGAAUUAACACUAUUUACUAUUUUCAGAAAAGUGCUUGAAAACAGAAGCCUGAAAUCUUAAUCUUUAUCUCAUAAUUUAAAAACAAAAAGAGUCCUUUGCAGGAACAUGAAUGGAGCUGGAAGCUAUUAUUCUUCAAACUAGUUCAGGAACAAAAAACCAGAUACCGUAUGUUCUCAUUGUAAGUGGGAGCUAAAUGAUGAGAACACAUGGAUACUUAGAGGGGAACAGAAGACACAGGGGCCUGCCGGAGGGGAGGAGGUGGAAGAAGGGAGAGGAUCAGGACAAAUAACUAAUGGGUACUCAGCUUAAUAUUAGGGUGACAGUUAUAAUCUCUUCACAAUCUCCCAUGACACAAGUUUACCUAUAUAACAUACCUGGACAUAUACCCCUGAACUUAAAAGUUUAAAAAAAUGGGAAAAUUAAAAGAAAGAGAGAAAGCUGUAAUAGUAGCAGUUGAAUUUUAUAUUCAAAAAACAAACAUUUCAAAACAAAUCAUGAAAUUGUUUUUAUUUGCUAUUGAUUUUAUAACAUGGGUUUAAUUUCAAAUCUAUGUUUUUUAGAGUAUCUUUUGGUGUGAAGACACGUUAUUAGCCAAUGGUGCCUUUUUCUUUCAUAAUUAAUUCACUGUGGAUUUAAUUUAUAUAAAUGAAAUAGUGGCAUUAUUUAUUGCACGGGAAAAUUAAAAUUUUAUGUUACAAAGUUCAAACUUAUGCUUAUUUUAAAUGAAAUGCUUUUACUUAAAAAGUUCCUCUUUAUUAUAUAUAAUAAUUAGAUGAUUUAAUAAAUUCCAUGUGUUUCUGUGAAGGGGGUUUGAGAGUCAAAAGAAAUUUGGAGAUGCUGAGGUAGACAAAGUGCGGCGUAUAAGGUUCCUGAGAAGAGAGGUGGGUGGGGAUACCAAGCACUGAGCAGAAAAUGAUAGUGAACUGGGCAAAGAGUCACCUCCUCCGUUGCCAUCGCAGCAGCUGCAGCAGAAGAGGUUAUAUGAGCUGAUAAAUGCAGGCUUAUGGAUACGGUGCUGGAAAGGUAACCUGAGGCCAGACUUAGUUUAUUCUGUGUUUAUUGGGCAUCUGUUUUGUACCAGUCACUGUGCUAGGUCUGGAGACACAAAGAUGUAAAAGAUAUACUCUGCCUCGGAGAAUUGCGUGAACUCAGAGGGCGGAGGUUGCAGCGAGCCGAGAUCGCGCCACUGCACUCCAGCCUGGGCAACAGAGUGCGACUCUGUCUCAAAAAAAAAAAAAAAAAAAAGAUAUACUCGACCUCACUCUCGUGACUGCAGACUUCCUCUCUGUUUGGGCUGGCCUAAGUAUUGUAAUCCUGCAGUGCAGAGUAGCCAUGGCAGCACCUGCCAUCUCCUGGGAGGUCACUCCUGGCUGCUCCCAUGCCUCCAGAAACCCAGAUGCAAGAAGAAAGUCUCUCCUGAGGAAGCAGCCUCCCUUGGCAGGCUAGACUGGAGCUGGCUGCCCUUAAAGUGUUUAUUUGUUUAAGUCUCCUGUUCUCUCUGUUUUAUAUAAACCUAAAGGUCUGUUAUUGAGAUUUGGGGUGGAUGGUCAAAAACUUCCACUGCCCCUGGGGAAAUGUCUUGAGUUGUUCAUCCUUUGCUUAGAAAAGUGAUCAAGGUGUAGACCCAAGCUCCCUGGGUAGUGAUGACCAGAAGACUCACCCUGAGUUAUAGGUGUGUUUGUCAAUUCUUAUGGACAGUUUCAAAAUCUAUUAAGUAAAAAAUUUAAAAGUACUGAAAUUUGGUUUUUGUAAGCCAAAACAACUUACUGAGAAUGCUAAUGCGGUAUUCUACUGGCCGCCUCCACACCCGGCAGAGCUUGUGCGAUGUAACAUAAGCGCUGCUAGUUUGACUUUUGAUGAUUUGGGGGAAGGAUUCUAAUUAUUACUAGGUUAUCAGCAUUGUUCUGAGGUCAUCUUUGCUUUCAAAUGCUGCUCUUCUUGCUUUUAAUUAUAAAUUGCUGUUAAUUUAGCUUCAUCACAAUAAUUUAGUUUGUUUGGGAUUGUUUUGUUAACCCCCUAUGGUGCAGUAUUGCGUACUUGCAUCAGCGGUAUAAUGGUUUCCCAAUAACUACGUUUUAAGUCCCGUAUGACUUGUAAUUCAGAAAUGAAUCACCCAUCAUCUCUUUUGCUAAAGCAGAUAUAUGAUCCCCACCUCCUGCCACCACCUCAGCAAUUUGCUGUAGAGAGGCACUCCUUUGAUUUGCUGCUUGCAAAUCUUUGUUUUUAAAUAACUGAUAACAUGCUAUUAAGAGCAAAUUAACAAAAUUAGAUUUAUAUGUCAUUAUUUUAUAACAAAAUUAUCUUAUGAAGAAAUGGUAAGAGAUGUAUAUGUUGCUAGAAAAGAAUCUUAUUCCAUCUUGUUUGUUUUGAAAUGUUUCUGUUAUCCCUAGAGUUUGUUUCACUGGACCAUUGACAUGUUGGGAUUAGGGAGGCUGUCUCUUCUGAGGGGUCUAACAACAGACAAUCAAAUACUAGCAAUCACAUAGAAAAGUUGAUCCUUUUUCACAUUAUUCAAAAAUUAUAAGCCAAUUGGGGUUCAAACAGUCCCUUUAUAAUAAGCCAGUUGUAUGCAUUGAGAACUCCCUGAGAGGACUGGAAGACACAUUUGUUUAUAUUGUAGUGGGAAGGCCAGAUCAGACUGCUGCCCUCCCAAUAAGCUGGGAGCUUUGCCGCUCUAGAGUGGGAGUUAGAAUUUUGAUCUGGGAAUGGAUAAUGAGUUAUUUAAAGCAGGCUGUGCAGCUACCUUAGCUGGGACAAGACAGCUGCCAUAACUGAUUACCGGGGAGAACAUUAAAUGGGAAAAGGAGGCAACAAAACAAAGUUGGGACAAUGCCAAAGAAAUGAUAAGUUACACUUUUGCCUAGGAUAGGCCCACUACCCGGGAAAAAGAAAAAGACACCCUUUGAUUUAUUCAUCAAAUAUUUACUGAGUGCUUAUACACUGCUGAUGUGCUUGGAAUACAUCAAAGGACACGUAGACAGCCUUGUCCUUAUGGAACUUACAUGCUUUGAGCUACCUUCAAGAUCUAGUCCUUUGUUUUUAAGACCAAAAGCCAAAAGUAGAGAGAUAGUAUGCAUCGUACUUAACAGCAUCCUUCCUAAAACCAAGUUCCCCGGGCUUUCCUCAGUUUACUUCUUUGUAGCUGCUUUGUAGCUCCAUGAGCUAAUUCCUUAAUCUUAAACUUCAUCUUCCUCACUUUCUUGAUCUCCAAAAUGCUACCUUGUAGGGUUCUGAAAAUUGCCUAAAAUAAUCCACAAAAAGGUCUUUAGAAUAGUUCCUGGCACAAUGUUAGUGCUUAACAAAUGUUUCACAUUGCUGUUCAUUCAUAUCCUUCAUUCAGCAUAUUUAUUAGGCCCUUAAUACAUGCUGAGCUCUGUUCCGGAUUCUGGGAUUGCAGCAGGAACUUCAGAGACUUAGAUUCUAAAUGGUUGUUUAUUUAUAUUAUAGGUUAAAUUGACUCUUGUGAGUUAGUCUGUGAACCAAAAUACCAUGUUUACAUAAUGUUAUUUCUAAGGCAAAAUGCCUUUUGAAUUUUCAACAACUGAUUUAUGGAACGACAUUUUGGACCACAACUUGGGAUAUGCCUAUGAUGUUCUAAGUGUUUGUGAACAUGUGAAUGUGUGUGUGUGUGUGUGUGUGUCCUCUAUUCAGUGGUGAACAUUUUCAGUAUGAUCCCCAAAUAAAAUUUCAAGAGGGAUACAUCUAUCUAGUUGCUUUUUUAAAAUUGUAUUUUCAGCAUGGUUAGGAAUAAGGAACGCUCUAAAAAAAUUUUUUUACGCAAGUUUUAGGUUCACAGCAAAAUUGAAAGGAAGGUACAAAGACUUCCCAUAUACCCCAUACAUGCAUAGCCUCCCCCAUUAUCAGUAUCCCCCACCAGAGUGGUAUAAUUGUUACAAUUGAUAAGCCUUCAUUGGGACAUCAUAAUCACCCAAAGGCCAUAGUUUACGUUAGGGUUCAGCCUUGGUUUUGUACAUUCUAUGGUUUUGGACAAACACAUGAUAUAUAUCUACCAUUGAACAUGCUCUGCAUGAUAUUGUAUCAUGUUUAUCAACUUUUUUUUUUUUUUUUUGAGCAGUGGCAAGGUUUAUUGUGAAGAACAAAAGAACAAAGCUUCCACAGCAUGGAAGGGGUCCCGAGCGGGUUACCCCAACUUUUUUUCAUGGGUCAUACCUUUGGUGUUGUAGCUAUUGUCCUACCUGUGGUCACCUAGAUUUUCUCCUAUGUUACUUUCUAUAAAUUUUAUAGUUUUGUGUUUUAUAGUUAAAUCUGUGGUCCAUUUCAAGUUAUGUUUUGUGAAGGGUGUAAAGUCUGUGUCUAGAUUCAUUCUUUUUUUUGCAUAUGGAUCUCUAGUUGUUUUAGCACUAUUUAUUAAAUACUCUAUCUUUGCUCUAUUGUACUACUUUCGCUGUUUGUCAAAGAUCAGUUAACUACAUUUAUCUGAGAGGAACACUCUUUUUAAAUUCCCAGUUGUAACUCCAUUAAGUCUUUAGGAACAGAAAAACAAAAGGCUAACAGAGUUUAACUUCUACUCCUGGGAGAGAAAAAUGUAUAUUAUUACUAGGAAAUAACUAAUGCCUGUUUGGAGGCAAAAAUUCUGACAAAGCAUCUAUAACCUGCCAAUUUUAAUAUUUUUAUAAUGUUUAUUAUUUUUGCUUUUUUACAAUUAACUCUGGAUAAUACAAAAAUAUUCAAUUAAUAAUAAUUGCUAUACACAUGUUAGCAUUGUACAAAGAACCACAAGAGGCUAUGAGUAUUAAACAUCUAUCUUUAGAAAGGUCUUUUGCCAAAAAGACAGAAUAGGUAAAUUUCUAUUCUUAUAUUAGAGGAGAAAAAAGGUGCAUUUCAGUGCUGAAAGUCCCUGAAAAAUUUCUUCCAUAUAUCCAAUGUAAACCUCUUUCAGUCAAUUCACUCUCUAAAGCUAAUUUUCUCUCUUUGGUUUAUCUUUUUGGUAGAUCUAGAACUUCUGAUUAGAAUUUUCAUUAUCUUAACUCUUAAGACUUAAAAUUUAACUCAGAACUUUUAAGUUAAAUCUGAUUUUUCAUUUCUGUAGUUGUGUUUGUUGCUUUGCCUUAGACUCUAUAAUUUUAAACAUUGAAUAUUAAAUUUGAAAACCUGAACUAGAUAGCCUGGCUUUUGCUUUAUUUUGCACCUUCUAACUUAUUAAUAUAUCCCUAUAUUUAUUAACAUGCAUUCAGCACUAGGUACAAAAGGAAAAAAGACAUGAUAUUUACCCUUUAGAAGCUCCUAAUCCAGUGCGGGAGGUAUACGGUAAUCAUACAGGUGUAAUAGACUAUGGUAAGAGUAAACGCAGGAUGCUCUGUGUGCACAUCAGACUGGCAUGUCACCCAGGUUUGGAGGUACAGGGCACAAUUCUUUUGAGAAAUAAUAUCUAUCGUCAAAUCCUAAAAUGACAUGGAAGAAUUCUUUUUUUUUUUUUUUUGUAUUGAAACGGAGUCUCGCUCUGUUGCCCAGGCUGGAGUGCAGGGGCAUGAUCUUGGCUCACUGCAAGCCCCACCUCCCGGGUUCAUGCCAUUCUCCUGCCUCAGCCUCCCGAGUGGCUGGGACUACAGGCGCCCGCCACCAGGCCUGGCUAACUUUUUUUGUAUUUUUAGUAGAGACGGGGUUUCACCGUGUUAGCCAGGAUGGUGUCGAUCUCCUGACUUCGCGAUCCGCCCGCCUUGGCCCCCUAAAGUGCUGGGAUUACAGGCGUGAGCCACGGCGCCCGGCCAGAAAGCUGUUUUUUCAACAUUUACCAUCACACCACUGAUGGAUUUUGCUUUUGCCCUCCCUCAGUGACAGUUCACAUUUUAACUAGGAUCGGGGCAACAGGUUUCCACCCAUUUCUCAGAGGAAGACAGCUUUUGCCUCUCACCUUCCCCUGGAGGCAGUGGGCCUUUUCCUGAGACGGUUUCUUGCCCCUCCCCCAGGAGCUUGAGGUGUUUGCUUCACAUGAAAAAAUAGUCUAGUCAGUGGGCAGUGGAUGUGCUCAUGCCCCACCUCGGAUUGGGGAAGCUGCUUGCGGGUUUUUUUGCCCCGCCUCCAAUCUUUCCUGUGCGCAUCCAGGGGGAGGAAGGCUGUGGAAAAGUGUUCAAUAAUGAGUGCAGGUUUCUCUUGCCCUCUUGUGUUUGGGGCUGUCAGGUAUUCCAGGCGGGUACACUAGCCCACACUCUAAGAACCCAUUGAAAGGUUGGCUGCUUUCCUUUUAUCUGCUUUUACAGUGGCCAUUUCCCCUUUCCAUGCUAUACCAAAGAUAAAACGGUUCAAUUGUUCUGUCUUCAGAGAGUCAUGUCACCUUUUGGGAUUUACAUCAGCUAGUUACCUUGCAACCUCAGCUCUCUGAUAGGUUCAAGAAAAAAUAUGAUUUUGAAGAUUAUCUGGCUUUUGCUCAUUGUUAGAGUGGGAGUGAUUGCAUGUGUGUGUGUGUGUGUGUAUGUGUGUGUACACACAUGCGUGCGCGCACCUGCCUACCUCCUAGUAGGAGGUAGACCCCUCAGAAGUUAGAACUGGAAGAGUCUUUCUCUUGAACCAUGUAAAAAUGUUUAGGAUUUCUUCUGAGCACUCUGAGAGGGGCCUUUGAAGGGUUUUAAACAAGGGAAAGACAUUUCUGUGAUGUUAGCGUUUUCAGUACCAUGAGGCUUUUCUCAUACUUGGUGAGCCAGAGUGGCUCCUGAUAACUUUCUGCUGAUCAUGGCCUAUCUUUAACUUUGUAGUUUGUUUCUGAUCUCUGAGUUUAUUGACAUUUUCACCAGUGAUUUUGCUUGCGUUAUCCAACUACUUCCAUUCCUAUGACAUUCCUCUGGUUUGUAUCUUUCCAUAUCUGUUUUAAGAUAUGUUAACUAACCAAGUGAGUGACUUCAAUGAAGAUUCUGCCAAUUCCUUCAUUCCUACUGUCUUAGAACCUGUGCAAGGAUUAAAUAUGAGUGUUUAUUUUGGCUGCAGUCCCUGGGCAGUGAGAGUGAGGGAAUGGAAGGUGAGGCAUGGAAGAAUGGAAAGCAACGUGUGAUAAUGUGUUACAAUACUGGUGACUGCUUCUUUUAUUUUUAUUUUAUUUUUUAUUUUUUGAGACAGGGUCUCACUCUGUCACCGAGGCUGGGGUGCAGUUGUGCAGUCAUGGUUCACUGCAGCCUCAGCCUCCUGGGUUUAAGUGAUCCUCCCACCUCAGCCUCCCCGGUAGCUGGGACCUCAGGUGCAUGCCACUGCACCCAGUUUACCAUUUUAAAUUUAAUCAUCUGGCCGAGCACAGUGGCUCAUGCCUGUAAUCUCAGCACUUUGGGAGGCCAAGGCAGGUGGAUCACCUGAGGUCAGGAGUUCAAGACCAGCCUGGCCAACAUGGUGAAACCCUGUCUCUACUAAAAAUACAAAAAAUUAGCCAGGUGGGAUGGUGGGCGCCUGUAAUCCCAGCUACUCCAGAGGCUGAGGCGGGAGAAACGCUUGAAGCCAGGAGGCAGAGGUUGCAGUGAGCCAAGAUCACGCCACUGCACCCCAGCCUGGGCAACAAGAGUGAGACUCCAUCACACACACACACAUACACACACACACACACACACACACACACAUCAUUGGAGCUGUUCUGUAGAGACAGUAGUAUUGCCUUCUGUUUCUAGAGGGGGAAAUUGAGGCUCUGAGAAGUUAUGUAACUUACUCAACAUCACAUAGCUAAUAUGUGGCAUUGUUAGUCUAGGAAUGCAGGGCUGUCUGAUGUCAGAGCCCAUGCUUUUAACUACUGUGCUGCAGUGCCUACGUGAGUUUCCCCAGCAAGCCAGCAUCUCAGAGGGGCUUGGACUACAAGCCCCCAGACUCCCAGUCUACGAAGCGCUCUGGCAGACUUUCCCAUCCCAACUUGGUAGUGACAGUGUUUGUUACAUCUAAGAGUCAAAUUCUCUCUCUACUAGGGGCCUUUCAGGCUAAUGUGUCUUAGAAAGCUUCCCAGGUUAUAGCAAGACUAAAUGAGCUUUUAAAAAGACUUUUUAAUUGCUAAUGGAGCAUAUGGUGCAUAAUGGUUAAUAAUAUGCAGUUUCCAGAGCUUUCUGCCUGGGUUCUAAUGCCAGUCCCACCACUGAACCUGCUGUUGACCUUGAGCAAGUUAUUUCACACCUCAGUGAGUCAGUGUCUUCAUUAUAGGAGAGAAAAACAGAAAAGGUCCCACCUCAUAGGGUUAUGAGACUUAAAUGAGCUUAGAGCUUGCCUGGCGUGUACAAAACAAUGUAUGUUUUUGUUAAAUAAAAUAAGUUCUUCGGUUUUAUUCUGCAAUUCACACUUAAUAGUAUAUCAUUAUUAAAUUUAAAAAAAAACAAAGGAAAAGAAAAACAUUAAAUAGCAGGUCUUCCUUUAAAACUAAAUAAGCUCUGCUGCUAGACAGGACCCCGCUUUUGUCUCAGGAAACACUAAAUUUCAGGCUGCCUUUGAGAGGUUUUGUUCCAAGGCAGACCCUUUUCACCUGACUUGGGAAGGGCAGUUCAAUUUGCCUGUCAGAGAGCCUAUGGGUCAGUUCCAGGAAGAGUCCCAGGAAUUCUGGGAAAUGGCUGGAAGACAUUGACAUGGGGUUGGAGCUGUGUGUAAGGCCCUGUAGGCAGCAGUGUUCCAAUGGUGCACUUUUGAUGUUGCACAAAGGAUUGAAAUCUAGACUCAAUCAAACAUAAUGAAUUAACUGCUUUAUGGGAUACCAUGGCUUUUUGACAUUUCUUUGGUAAUUUUGAACAAAAUAACUUCUGAGGUGAUUACAUAAGGAAAGCAAUGCCUUUAGUGCUUUUGAAAAGUGUUUUCCUUUGUUGAGCUGAAUGUGUAUAUUUAAGGGGGAAAAGCAAUUUCGUGCAUUGUUUUGGCCAUGUGUAUCAGGCAGUCUGCUGGUGGUGGGAAUUUAGCAGAUUAAAGUGAAUGUCUGGUUUUGUGAUAAUACCUUGAUGAUACAUUCUUGGUGAUAUUUUCUGGGCUUUUGUUUUCUAGAAAUUAAUUGGUUUACAAAUGGCCAUUAUCCAUAAAAUAAUUUAUUUUGUAUAUGAACAUGGGCAGAACCAUUUUCUCCCUCUUAUCUAUGGAAAAUAUUGAGCUUUAAGGAGCAGGUAUUUUAAAGCGUUUUGUAUGAAUAUAGAAAAACGGCAUUAAAGUGGCUUUUGAGUCACUCUUUUCCAGCAAAUGUAAAUUUUAAUAUUCAUAUGUUAGGCAAAUAUGUCAUUAAAAGAAAGCAGGCAUCCGUCUAGCUGAUGUAUUGCUGACUCUGCCUGCUAAGUGAAGCUCACACAGUCCUCUGCAAAUGUGGGUACAGGGGAUGGAUGGGUAUUAAGAUGCCAAACGUGCUGUUCAUGCUGAAUUGUUUUCUAACCAGCCCAUGCUACUUCUUUGCUAUUUCUUUAUCUUUUUCUUUGUCUGAUACUCCCCUCAAUUUUACAUUACUUUCCUGCUCUCUUUUCAUGGUCCUGUUGCUUUGGUUCUUCAUUUCUAGAAUACCGUCUUCAUUUCUAGAAGGAAAUCUGUGGUCAGAGUUCAUGCUUUUCUACAGUAAAAUGGUAAAUGGUGUGCCUAGGAGUAGCAUUUUAUUCAAAUUCAUACGGCUAGAUUUUAUUAUCUAAAAUCUGAGAUGUACUAAUUAGGGAACAAAGAAUUUUAAUCAAAAAUCUAGUUGUCAGAAAACUCUAGGUUUGUUAAAAUAUAUAUAUGUAAAUAUAGGUACAGAUAUAUCAUACAGACUUUGAAGUAUCUUAACAUUGAGAUUGUUUUAUACAAGUCAGAUCAGCACAUAGGAAGAGUCACAACUGUCAUCGAUCAUAAUUUAUGACCCUUUCUAGACUUUCUGAAUGUUGUUAUAGAAAGAAAUGCCUUAUAUUGAGCUUGAUUCUUUAACAUCAUAGAAAUUCAUUCAGAAAAGUUUGAUGAAUAACAGAAGAAAUCUUUAUUCACUGGCCCAAACCUUAGUUUAUACUCUGUGCUGUUAUAACAUCUAUAUGUGUGUCUAUAUUAGUACUGUCAGUUUUCUAUGGCAAAAAGAGGCUCUUUAAAGAUGGAAACUAUUAUAAUAAAACUUCGUAUUUUUACAAAAUACCUCAAAUUGGUAGCAUUCAAAAUGAAUUCAUGUUGGUUAAUAAUGAGGUGUAAAUUUUGCUGUGUAAGUGAAUAGAUCAUCAUAUUACACCAAGAGGGGAUUUUUACAUCUAUAUCAACAGUGUUUCUUGAGAUUGAGGAAUUGUGAAAAGGAUUUUAGUAGAAGGGUGGCAAUUUGCAGCAGACGUGUAUCUGUACCUCUGGUAUCACUGGUUGUAAUUGAACAAUAAAAAUGUUGCAACUGUCUGGGUAGCAAGAUGGCUAAGGUCGGCUCUUGCCUGUGAUAGUAAGAAUGGAGGAGAUUUGUUUGACGUCAUAGAUUCUGGAUUAUAAGAAGGAGACAUGUCAAGCAGUAACUACGUGGCAUGUGGCUGUGAUGCGUCUACAGCCACCCUCCUGGUGUGGCCUUCCCAAAGACAAGGAAGCGUCCCAUUCAAGUGUGUCUCAGCGCUUGCAUGACACAAUGCCUCUGGAUUUUACAUCAGUUCUGCCUUCAGGGUAAAGCCCUGAUUUUCAUAGAUAACCUAAUCUGUAGGAAAAAAGAACAUUAAAAAAAAAGAAAGUAUAGCCACAAAAGUUCUUUCCACUCACGUAUGGAUCUUUCCAGUUUUUUCAGACAUAAACCAAAUGACAGCCUCACAGUCACAGAAUCUUCCAACACUGAAAGUUAAAGCUGAUUUCUUCUUCAUGGAGAAAAGCUUACAAACCUUUUCAGACUACUUUAGUGUCAAUUCUUGGAACCACAUCUUCUUCCUGAUUUAAAUGUUUGGCUGUGUACCUCCAGCUAGAGCUAUUAGAGUUUUUGCUGAUUUGCUUGGCAUAUCUCCAGCAAAAUAGUCCAUUAAAAUUCAAAUCCUUUCCCAAUAAUUGAGACAAUCAAUUUACAUUAAACAAGGCACAAAUAUAAUUUUAUGUACAAUUUAAAUUCUAUAGAAAAUAAUCAGUAUGCAAUAAAGAGGGACACUUAUUUUCAUGCAAAGAGAUGUUUUUAUAGUCUGCAUUAAACAAAUCUUUCAUAUUUUCAAAAUAGUUCCCUCAUUAUCUUUGUGUAGAGGAGCUCUAUUGUGUUUUAUUUUGAUGUAGGAACAAGUGUGUGUCCGUGGCUGCAUGUUUGAUAAGCAGUGUAACUUUCUCUCAGUGACAUGUAAAGGGAAAGGUUUGAGAUAGAAUAAGGAAGGUAUUUGCUUGCUAUUUAACUUGGAAUAAUUCUUACAAAAAGGGCAAAGAGGAUGCAUGGAGAAUUUAUUGCCUUUGUGCCAGUAUUAGUGAAAUGGGCAUUUGUUUGUUCAUCUUCACCUUUUUAUGAUAGACCAGGUGGUUGUUGCUCUGCCAGAGGUUGUGUGUUAGAUCCUAGGCAAAUCACUCAAUGGGACUUGGGAAGGUUGCAUAGGAUGGGGGCCAUGUGCACACACAUAAUUGGGUGCCUUAGUGCUGAAGAAUUCCUGGGAAAGUUUUAAACCCCCAGCAAGUAACCUCGCAAGGCAGCUAGACUCCACCAGUGAGGCUGAAUCCUCCACAGUUCUCAUUUGUAAGCUCUUAAUGAGACUGGUAUUGUCGGUCAGGAAAUCUAGAACACUGGAGAAAUAUUAUUAGGAAGAAUAUAGUAAAAAUAAUGACAAGAUCGAAAACAAAUCCUGUCAGAGCCCAAGAAUAAAUUUGGCUUCCGCUUGCUGUGUCUGUCUGUUUCCAUAACGGUCCAGAAUAGAAACCGGAUGUUUAAAAUCUCUCUCCUUUUCACAUGCUCUCCUCCCCUCCUGUCUUCCUUCCUCUUCAGUAUUAGUAGACUUACUAUUUUUAUUAUUUUUUAUUUAUAUUCCUAGUUUUCAAUAUUUGCCAUUUGUGUGGAUAACACAUUAAUUUUUAAUGAAAUAUUUUCAGACUCUUGGAACUCUUGGAAUAGCUGAAUCAUAAAAGAAAACUUGAAAUUGAUAUAGACUCCAAGGCAGCACACAAACUGAAAAUUACACUUGUUUUUAUUCUUCCCACUGACAAAUGACAAAUGGUUAUUUGAAAGGAUCAUGUGUACUUAGAUUUAAACUUCUUAUGUUUCUAUAUGAGCCUAGUUUGUAUAAUUUCUGUGGCACAGAAGGUAAUUCAGACACCAUUUUAAUUAAUAAUUAAAAUGAAAGAAACAGCAAAACAAUAUGUUAGGUAGUGAGCUCCAAUAAUUUUCUUUUUAUCUAGAAAUACUUAUUUUUGACAAGCCACAUUGCUAGUAAAGGAAUUCAAGUGUGAUUUAGAUUAUGUCGUAGGCUUAACUUUAUUUUAGUUCUGUUGCAGCACUAAAGUUUUUUUUUUUGUUUUUGAGACAGAGUCUCGCUCUGUUGCCCAGGCUGGAGUGCAGUGGCACAAUCUCUGCUCACUGCAACCUUCACCUCCUGGGUUCAAGCGAGUCUUCUACCUCAGCCCCUUGAGUAGCUGGGACUACAGGCACAUGCUGCCACGCCCAGCUGAUUUUUUAUAUUUCAGUAGAGAUGGGGUUUCACCAUGUUGCCCAGGCUGGUCUCAGGCUGGUCUCAAACUCCAGAGCUCAGGCAGUCCGCCUGUCUCAGCCUCCCAAAAUGCUAGGAUUACAGGCGUGAGCCACCGUGCCUGGCCAGAUCUAAAGAUUUGAAAGAAAGUGGCGUUUGUUUCUUUGGGUAAUUUAUUUCCACCAAUCAAUAAUUGUUGUUAGUGAAAUUAAAGUUAAUACUGGAUAUUAUUUAAUUUUAUACUGCAUGGUAUUCUCAGAAAUGCAACUUUGUAAUCCACUUUGGAACUGUAAAUUAAUAAGAAUAGUUUCUUCUAAAAAUUUGUUUGUUGUUAUAGAUA